GUCAGUAGUGUACAAUUUCUGAUACAAAUCAGAUAUCAUGGCAACAUCAAACUCAGAAAGUAAUACUUGGGUUUUGGAUUAUUGCACGAUAGAAAAUAAUAAGGUAAAAUGCGAUAUUUGUUCCUGGAAACAUAAUCUUAUUAAACAACAGUUAAACCAAAUAAAAGCUCACAUAACAAGUAAACAUAAAAAGAUUUAUCGGAGUAUUAGCUCAUCAUCAGUAAUCAGCUUUAGAUCAUAUGAAUCGACGCAAGUUUAUACAAUAAAAAAUUAUGACGUCUACUGCAAAUUUUGUGAUGAAAUCUAUUUUGGAGAAAACAAAGCGUUCAGUAAUAUACAAACUCACAUAACGAAAACUCAUAAAGUUGAAAUAAAUACAGCAAAAGAUAUCUACAAUUGGCUGCAACCACAUUUUUACGAAAAUAAUAUAAAUGCAAAAUCAUGCUGUUGCUAUUAUUGCAAUAAUGACAUUCCAAAUAAACCAGUAUUUUUAAUGUUUCAUUUGAUACAAGUGCAUGCGGCUAAAAUACCUGAGGCGAUCAGACCAACAAAAUUUUGGAAUAGUAUUGCAAAUAACAAGAAAUGGAUGUGUAAAUUUGUCACAACAUAUUUAAUAACAGAAGGUGAGGAACGUACAAAUUGCAAUAUUUGUGAUAAACGUUUAUCUAUUAACGUAGAUUACGAAAAUAUAACGACACACAUAUAUGAUAAACAUAGAACAGUUCAUGAAAAACGGAUUUCAGUACAAGCAGUUUUACAAGAAAAGAAUAUUUUUUCUAUAGAAAACUAUCAAAUAAAAUGCAAUAAAUGUAAAUAUACUUGUCCUAUUCGUUAUAUUGAUCGAAACAAUGAACUGGAAAAUCAUUUCUCGAAUGAACAUAAACUUGAUUACGCUCAAAUAAAUAAUUUUGUCAACUGGCUAAAAUUGUAUCGAAAUGUAAUUUAUUUUCAAACAUUAGAAUGCAAUGCUUGCAAGAACAUUUUUAAUGACAAUUAUUUUAGUUUAAUGAGACAUUUUAUUGAAGAACAUCCAAUCAAAUUUCUCUUACAUCUAAUAUCAGAAAAGUAA